AGAAAAGCUAAAAUCACAAAACCGCAAAGCAAAUCGGCGAUGGCACCGAAGAAGUGGUGGACAACCGUCAGAACCCACAUACUUCCAGUGACAACCCUCCUAUUUCCACAGUCUUCUAGUGAAGAAGAGAAAUGUGGCUCAUCUGGAGAAGUAUCUGAGUCUUCCAAGAAGCCUGAAUCCGAUUCGGAGCCUGCUCAGACGAUGGAGCUGACGCCUGUUGUGACCAAACCAAUUCCAGACAAGUCUGGAUCUGACGCGACUGUACCUGAGAGUUCAACGGCUAAGCGUCCUUUGAAGGAAGCUGCUUCUUCUGAAGCUAUUAAGAAGCAGAAGACAUCGGAGACUGAGCAUGUGAAGAAGCCGACAACAAAUGAUGAGGUUAAGAAGAUUUCUGGAGAUGAUGGGAAGAAGUUGUUUCAGAGAUUGUUCAGCGAGGCUGAUGAAAUCGCAUUGCUUCAAGGUAUUAUUGAUUUCAAAGGAGAUCCUUCUGAUAUUGAUGGUUUUUGCAUUUACGUUAAGGACUUGAUCGAUUUCAAGGCUACCAACAACCAAAUCGUUACCAAACUUAAGAGGUUGAAGAAGAGGUUUAAAAAUACUGUCAGUGACGAUGAGAUUCAAUUUGAUAAAGAUUUUGAGCAGAAACGCUUUGAAUUGUCGAGAAAGAUUUGGGGAAACAAUGGUGAUUUGACUUCUAAAUCAUCAAAGAAGAAACAUGGAGGAACCCCUGCCCCGAAAGAGAUGAAGAAACCGGAAAAAUCAGAGACGAACACAAGUCUCUCCAUUGGUAAAGAGAUAGCGUCGUUCUUCAAUGCGAGUUCUUGUGGUUUGGAUGAAUCAACAAUAACUGCGGGUUGGGCAAAGGUUGCGGAUGGAGCAGAGAAGAGAGAAGUGGAGGAAAAAUGGAAGAAGCUCAAGGGUAAGGAGUAUGAGCUAUGUUUGCAGAGGUCUGAACUCCUGAACAAGCUCAAGGGUAAGGAGUUUGAGCUUUGUUUGCAGAGGUCUGGACUCGUGAACGAAACUGCACAGAUGAUACUCAAGGCCUUAUAAUCCUGAGCGUUUGUCUUUUUACUUCCUAGUAUACAUUUUGAGUCUUUUUUAUUGUGCAUUUUAGCUUGUGGAACUAAUCUUAUGUAAGUAUUUGUCGUAUUUUCUUUAUGCCCCUAUGUUGGAUGCUUGGUUUGGGUAUAAGUAAGACCCCUUUGAUUAUUCUUUAGUUCUCUUUGUUCGGUUUCUGAGAAAUGUUCCGGAAAAUGGAAUGGCCCUUGUAGUUUCUGAUACAAAAUAUCACUUUUUAGGCGAAAUCAAAAUCCACCAUAGCC